AUGUAUAAUUUACUAUUUUUAUUGGUGGUGGCACCCGUCAUUGUGGUACAAUCUUGGGAUAUUGUUACGACCGUAGCAGAUCAACUAGAAUUUUACGACAAUGGAAUUAAAGUGCAAUCUGAAGUAAUGCCUUCCAGAGACCUCACAGCCCUAACCUAUGAUGCUCUGCACGACACAUUAAUAUUUGUCGACAAGCAAAGCGAUAACGGGUCCAUAUUCAGUUACAACAAAUCAACUCAAAAAUUUCAAUGUUUAGUUGCAAAGAAAACACACGAAAAUAUUCAAGAUGUCGCCUUUGAUCCAGCGAAAGAGUUGCUCUUCUGGACUGAUUUGUAUGAAAGAAGCAUAUACUGGAUUUCAUUGAAGCAUAGAUAUGAGAACUAUGUAAGUGGCAAUCUUUUAUUCAAGAUGGAUGAUGAGCUUCCCAGAUCUAUUGCAGUGGACAGCUGCAGAGGGUACGUUUAUUGGACCAACAUAAACGUUUCGAAGCCUUCAAUAGAGAGGAGUCGCUACAACAGCACCGAAAGAGAAGUUUUAAUAGACAAUAAUAUCUAUAUGCCAAUCAGUUUGACCAUUGACCAGCAGACGAAGAAACUGUACUGGGCUGAUGAUAAAGAAGGCAUAAAGUAUUCUAUUGAGAGCGCAGAUUUGGAUGGAAAGAACAGAGUAACUUUAUUGUCUGGAUUUUUUCAUCAGCCUAAUGCACUGACCGUCUCUAAAGGCUUCAUAUACUGGGUAGAUUGGGGUUACAAAUCUAUGUGGCAACUUUCAAAGAACCCGCCGUUCGAUGCAGAGCCUGUUAUUAUAAAAGACUUUAAUAAUGAAACACCUUUCGGUAUUGCUGCUAACUAUAAAAUUGAAGAUCAAAUUGAAGGAAUUGAGGAAUGCAAUGCACUAAAGGCUUUACUUCCUAGGAACUCUAAAACAAGGGUCUUUGAUACCAUUACGAAAGAUGUUAGACUGAAUGAUCUAAUAACCACUGAUGUCGAAUCGACUGUCAGCCCGUUCGAUACUCCGGAACUCUCGUCUCAUCUUGAGACUACGACCAGUGUUGUAAAUUUGAGAAAUAUUAAUAGUAAACACAGUGUACAAAAGGCUUUUCUUCCAAGGAACUCUAAAACAAGGGGAUUUGAUACCAUUGCUGAAGAUAUUAGACAGACAGACCUAAAAACCACUGACUAUCCUAACGUGGUAUCGCCUAUCACCUCGUUCGAUACUCCUGAACUCUCGUCUCAUCUUAAGACUACGACCAAUAAUAUUGAGGCCUAUUUGACAGUUGAGGAGCGCAAAUUUAUAUUUUGUCACAAUUUCUGCCUCAAUGGAGAUUGCCAUAUCAAUAGUGAAGGAAAACCGGAAUGCAGAUGCGAUAAGUUAUAUCUUGGUAAUAGGUGUGAAACCCAUGUAUGCUACAAUUAUUGCCUGAACAAUGGCGUCUGUGUUUAUGGUGACAAUGGAUUAUCUGGUUGUAGCUGCCCUAGUAACUUCGAAGGUUCCCGAUGUGAAAUAUGGAAAAACCCCAUAACUUUGUACGUAAAUGUCACUAGUGGGUAA